CCGUCAUUAUCCCAUCCGAAUGAGAUCAUUUUAAUUUUACAGACAGGGGACUUCAGUAAAGUACCCCAUGCAGCGGCUGCACGGGGGGUUGGUGCUUUACUGGUAAUCAUUAAUGACCCUCCCUCGCAUUCAAUGCACAGUGGGGAUUAAAAAUAGCCUUCUCUGCUGGGAAAACGGAAUGUGCAGCGCACAGUCGCAGUUGCCAUAGGUUUAAAGGAGGAGCUGGAUGCAAGUCUUUGGCUUUCUUGCCUGUGUCCGCUUAAAGCAUCGGCGCGCUGGCUUGAUUCGUGUAGUCACCGAAAUAUCGCCUCACGCUGCAACCUCUUUGAUUUCUUCAAUACCGAGAAUAUAAAAUGCAUUCACUAAUAACGCGGAUACCUCUAAAAACGGUUCUUUAUCUUCUCAUCUUAUCGCAAGCAGUAAUUGCGACCAGUAAGUUGUUUGGGGACACCAAUCAAGUCCAAAUGAUAUCUGAGGGUUCUGACUGUCGCUGUAAAUGUAUCAUGAGGCCACUGACAAAGGAUGCCUGCAGUCGCAUACGGAGUGGGAGCCUGCGCUUCGAGGACUUCUACACAGUCGAAACCGUCAGCUCUGGGACAGACUGCAAGUGUUCCUGUGUGGCUCCUCCAUCGUCUCUCAACCCCUGCGAGAACGAGUGGAGGAUGGAAAAGCUCAAGAAACAGGCUCCGGAAUUUUUUAAGUUGCAGUCACUCGUUGACCUGCUGGAAGGCACCCUGUACAGCAUCGAUAUGAUGAAAGUGCACUCGUACAUACGGAAAGUGACAACACAGAUGAACAACCUUGAAGAGACCAUCAAAUCAAACCUGACCAGGGAGAAUGACUUCAUGAAAGAGAGCGUGAAAAACCUUUCUGAUCAGAUGAGACGCUACGAAAACUACUCUGAGAUUAUGCUCAGUGUAAAGAAGGAAAUUUCAAAGCUAGGUCUCCAGCUACUGCAGAAGGAUGCAGGUGUGGAAGAUAAGCAACAGGACACAACUGGGCCAAAGGCUGUGAAGUAUUCAAAUAAAGUAGAGAACAAGAAAAAGCCGCCAGCCCGAAAAUCUCUUCCCAAGGUACCAAAAGACAAAGUGAUUAAACCAAAGAAGGCAGCUGCAAAAACCAAACCAGCCACCUUACCCAAAAUACCACAGCCCACCACCAAGGCCAAGCCUGGCGUCCAGCAGCCAGGUAUCGUAAAAAGUGUUACCUACUACAUAGCCGGAAGGCGCGAAGACACAGGAAAUGACGGUAAGAAUAGUUCAUCUAAAGGGACAUCUCGUUCCAAGGAUCAGGAGUUACGAGCGGGAGAGAAAUCUCAGGGUUCUCGCGAAUCUGAGGGAGUUGCCAAGCAUGCGGAGAGUUCAACUACAGCUCCUUCCCCCGUCACCAGCCCAACCACCACAGCUGGGCUUGGCACAAACGCCACAGAGACCCCUCACACAACCAGGCCAAACAAAGUCAGCGAAGGUGAAUGUUAUGGGACGUUGUCAAUGAUCGAACCUCCUGUCAAACAGCAAAGCUAUGGCCGUAGUGAGGGCUCCUGGAUGAAAGACCCUUCGGCAAAAGACAACCGAAUCUACGUGACCAACUAUUACUAUGGAAACAAUCUGGUAGAAUUUAGAAACCUUGCAAACUUUAAACAAGGACGAUGGAGCAACCUGUACAAGCUUCCUUAUAAUUGGAUUGGAACAGGUCACGUUGUCUACAAUGGGUCAUUCUAUUAUAACCGGGCUUUUACCCGAAAUAUAAUCAAGUAUAAUAUUAGGCAGCGUUACGUGGCAGCCUGGACUCUUCUUCAUGACGUGGUUUACGAAGACUCUACACCGUGGAAGUGGCGAGGACAUUCGGACAUUGAUUUUGCUGUUGAUGAGGGUGGCCUCUGGGUCAUUUACCCUGCUUCAUAUUAUGAGUUCUCCCAGCAAGAAAUCAUAGUCAUCAGCAAAUUAGAUCCGAUUGACCUCUCAAUGAAGAAAGAGACAACUUGGAAAACAGGCCUCAAACGUAAUUCCUAUGGCAACUGCUUCAUCAUCUGUGGUGUUCUGUAUGCAGUUGAUACCUACAAUGAAAAAGAAGGGCAAGUAUCUUACGCAUAUGAUACUCACACAGACACUGAAAUAAGUCCGAAGUUACCCUUCAUCAACGAAUACACUUAUACCACCCAGAUUGACUACAAUCCCAAAGAGAAGGUUCUGUACGCAUGGGAUAAUGGUAAUCAGAUGAUCUACAAUAUCAUUUUUGCAUUCUGACUUUAUACAGAAACAUGGCCCAUCACACAGCACUUUUAAUUUGUCUUGUUUGAAUCAUUUAUAAAGAAUGAGAAUUUGCACUUGGGCUGGUAGAGAGGAUUAAAUGGAAGGCAACCCUUGUAUUAAAUGAUCUUGAGUAAACAUUAAGUUUAUAAAUAUGAUGAUUUACGACUGAUUGUUCUACAUGAGUACAAUGUACGACACUUAAAUAUUACCAUUUACUUCAGAACAGCGCCAUCCAAUAUUUAGAACCAAAUGGCAGAUUUACAAAGUUCCUCCCUUGUUCCAGGAUGUAGAAACAUAGAAAACCUACAGCACAAUACAGGCCCUUCAGCCCACAAAUCUGUGCCGAACAUGUCCUUACCUUAGAAAUUACCUAGGGUUACCCAUAGCCCUCUAUUUUUCUAAGCUCCAUCUACUAUCCAGGAGUCUCUUAAAAGACCCUAUCGUAUCCGCCUCCACCACUGUUGCCGGCAGCCCAUUCCACGCACUCACCACUCUCUGCGUAAAAAAAAACAACUUAACCCUGACAUCUCCUCUGUACCUACUUCCAAGCACCUUAAAACUGUGCGUUCUCGUGCUAGCCAUUCCAGCCCUAGGAAAAAGCCUCUGACUAUCCACACGAUCUAUGCCCCUCAUCAUUUUAUACACCUCCAUCAGGUCACCUCUCAUCCUCCGUCGCUCUAAGGUGAAAAGGCCGAGUUCACUCAACCUAUUCUAAUAAGGCAUGUUCCCCAAUCCAGGCAACAUCCUUGUAAAUCUUCUGCGCACCCUUUCUAUGGUUUCCACAUCCUUCCUGUAGUGAGGCGACCAGAAUUGAGCACAGUACUCCAAGUGGGGUCUGACCAGGGUCCUAUAUAGCUGCAACAUUACGUCUCGGCUCCUAAACUCCGUCCCACGAUUGAUGAAGGCCAAUGGACCAUAGGCCUUCUCAACCACAGAGUCAACCUGCACAGCAGCUUUGAGUGUCCUUCAUCAGUAAAAGAAGUCAUCAUGAUCAGCUUAGUGCAGCAGACUAAUGCCACCUCCUCAGAUACGUCAAACUGGAAGUCUGCGUCUUUGAAACACCCCCAACAAAGUAUGUUCCAAAAUUGCCUUAAUAAAAUCCACUGAAAAGAUCAACCAUUUUAAUUAUAUCUAUAGUGAGUUGAGUCAAGGCAUUUUUGAUUGAUCGCACAAUAACACACACAAAAUGUUGGAAGAGCUCAGCAGGUCAAGCAGCA